AAGAAGAUUCUGGACGAUUCUCGAUUCCUAAUCGGAGUGACGCCUAAUGUGAUUCCUCGCAAAGAAAAGGAUACCGUCUAUAUAGAGGAGGACUCGUCGGUCACCGAUACAGGCGCUCAGAUGCCGGUCGUGUCCAUCAAUCCCUCACCCGACAAGCAUUUAUCAUAUCAACAAAAGUGCUGAGAAAUUGUCGAUAUUUAUUCGGAGACACUUUUGUAUGUUUGUUGUCCACACGAAACAAAAUAUCAUUUAUUUAUGUUAUAAUUCAGAACAAA